AUGCUUCGAGCUAUUUCCAAAGCACCACUUUUAAUCCGUCUUAAUUCUUCCGCCCGCUUAACCCACGUCAACUCGUCUGGCGAGGCCUAUAUGGUGGACGUAUUCGCAAAGCCCGUAACCGCGCGCCGUGCAAUCGCGCAUGGCACCAUCACCUUCCUGAACUCAGUUGCCGUGUCCCUUAUCAGAGACAACACAAAUAAAAAGGGUGAUGUCUUGGGCACCGCACGAAUUGCCGGCAUUAUGGCUGCCAAGCGCACAAGUGAUCUCAUUCCGUUGUGCCACCCACUUCCAGUUACCAAGGUCGAAGUGACUGUAGCGGUGGACGUGCAAAAGGUUACAGUAACGUGCGCUGUGGAGUGCGACGGUAAAACUGGCGUCGAAAUGGAGGCUUUGACAGGCGCAACAGUUGCUUUGUUGACAGCCUAUGACAUGUGCAAGGCUGUGGACAAGCAUAUGGUCCUUGGGGAAAUCAUGGUGGUGGAAAAGACGGGGGGUAAGACCGACUGGGGGCCAGGAAAGAAUAUCUAG